CCCAACGACGCCAGCAUGCGAAGCGAGAAAUGAUACAGCCGAUGUGUCAUUGACUGGAAACUGGGAGCGGAAGUGAGGAACCCUGGAUCCGGUGCGGAGCAACAACGAACUGUACAUGCGGACUCUGCGCUUUCCACCAUGCACUGAGCAAAGGCCGGCCUCGUCACUCACCUGACUCCCUCCAAGUCAGACUGCUUUAAAUGUCCAUCCGACAAGAACACAAGUUCCCAGCUCCCGGACGAACUCGAACAAGCCUAUGCUGGCGUCGCACCCGAGCAAGAUUCAAGCAGCAGAAGAUGAUGCUGGCUUCAACUAUAUCCGCUCUGCUCCGUCGAAUGCGGGCGGCUUGGUACGAGCUUGUGAGGCAGGGAAGUGGGAGUCGGUUGGCGGGUGACGGCGAUAUUCAGAGUUCGGAUAGGGUUGUUGCCAUCAGGAGGCAUCUUGACUGCGGCACUGAGCCAGCCAUCCCUUGUCGCUCGCUCCUCCCACCCGUUCGCACGAGGCUUGGUUAUCUCCCACCGCUUAGUCGCUCUUCCGAACCCUUUACGCCUGCAAACCUGCAAAAUUGACGACGAUGAGCAUUACUGUUUGGCCGCAUUCACCGCGCAUAAUCUUGCCCUUGGCGGACAAAGUCUAGGCUAGACCGCAUGAAGAUU